AUGGACAUAAUAGAUGGUCAUGACCGUAUUUGUUUGGUGAUGGCUCAUCCUGACGAUGAGACAAUGUUCUUUACACCGACGUUGCUGACGUUGCGCGAAUUACUGGUGGACUUUGAGAAGCAGGUCCACAUCGUAUGCUUCACGAACGGCAACAAUCAAGGUUUGGGAAAGCUGAGAGAGGAGGAACUUAACAAGUGCUUGUCUACGUUGUACGGAAUCAGUGGCAACACUCAGGUCGUGAUUUACGAUAGACCGGAAUUCCGGGACGGAACGAAGUACAUGUGGGAUGUGAGCUUGAUGACGAAACUGUUGACGGAUUAUUGCAGAGAGCGCAAAAUCGAUUGGCUAUUUACAUUUGAUCGCGACGGGGUAUCUCACCAUUCCAACCACAAGGCCUGCUGGAGGACUUGCGCGGACGUCUUGGAUCGGGGUGGUCUUGUGAAAAUAAAAGGCGCGUUCCAACUUACAUCGUUACCUCUGAUAGUGAAGUAUACCGGCAUUGUUGGAACAGUGUUGUGGAUCCUCUGCAGACAGCUCCUAGGUACUCGUGAGCACAUCUUCCUUGUCAGGCCGUGCUACCUGCAAAUGUUCAAAGGAAUGCACUGCCACAAAUCACAAUUAACAUGGUACAGGGUGCUCUUUGUUUUGUUUUCCGUGUAA